UGGGUAAGUCUAAAAACAGCGGCAGUGCUGCUGCAAAGGAAGCGCUCGGUGGAAAUUCGUGCGGCGAUCGAUUGCUACUGUCUGAUCUCUGUGAUGUAAAGAUGGAUGCCUGCCGAAAUAGGUAAAUAAACACAAUUAGCUCUUCUGCUUGGCUGUGAUUGCGGUUCUCAUCAAAGAUAAAGUCAAUAUUCAGUCAUGAGGGUAUGUAAUUUUUUUCGGUCAGUGUCUGAACGGGGAACAUAGAGAGAACAGCCGCAGUGCCGCAGCGGUGUUGAGUUCGGGGACAAGCCUCGGCUGUGGUCAAAUGUAAUUUCUUCAACAACAAACACCGUUCAGUUACAAACAAAUACGCUGCACAGUUUCUGUGCACUCAGACGGGCUUUGUGCUCGUUACACAGCUAGCUGCUAGCUAUAGCAUCUGUUGACCUGAAGGUUUAGUGCGGAGGAUCGCGCUACUGUUGAUACCUCUUGGUAUGUUGAGUCUCCUCGGCAGCUCUUUCACAGCACCGCUCUUUGUUUUCCUCACCAAGCUUUGGCCUAAGCUACUUUCAUGAGACAUUUUUGCUCGUACCAUAAGUAUAGUGUCUGAAAAUGGAGCUAACGUCAUUUUUGGCAACACCAGCCUUCAAGUAAUUCAAUUGUCUGUUAUUCACAGGUUAUAAAGGUGGGAAAGAUCUCCCUGGCAGCAUUCACCGUGCAGUUGUAAGUAUCUGCAUCAAAUUAAAACCCCCAAAUGUUGUCUUUAUUGUGGUUUACAUUUGUUACUUCAAGCCACUGUGUUGCUAAUUGUGUCCCCCCUGCUGCAGCCCUGUUUUGGCCAAUGCUUGCUGCGCUACAGCAUGACCACAGCAGUGUCGGCUCAUCUGGUAGUUCUGGCAAAUGAAAAUGGAGGAGGUUUCAAUGUCCAGCCUGGACAACGGCAAGCUGGAGGUACACAGCAGAGCAAAGCAAGAGUAAAAUUAUGGGUUAUAUAGCUCGAUGAAUGCAUAUCACAUCUGCAGAGUUCAAACAGUGGUUUUAAUGUGUGUAUAUGUUCCCUGUACCCCUGCUGCCAGGGCCUAGCUCAGGACAUCCUGUCUGACCUGGUGGAAGAUGCAUGCCUGGGUCUUUGCUUUGAGGUCCACCGGGCCGUCAAGCAGGGCUACUUUUUCCUGGAUGACACGGACCAAGAAAGCAUGAGGGACUUUGGUGAGCACAAAGACAUUCUGUUGACUGAAUACAUCAUGAGGUGCAUGUAAUCUGAGUUCACCAUCACUUUUUCUGUUUGAUUUGAAUUUGCAGAGAUUGUGGACCAGCCAGGACUAGAUGUGUUCGGCCAGGUGUACAACCAAUGGAAAAACAAGGAGUGUGUAUGUCCAAACUGCAGCCGAAGCAUCGCUGCAUCACGCUUCGCCCCUCACCUCGAGAAGUGUCUGGGGAUGGGACGUAACAGCAGCCGCAUAGCCAAUCGCAGGUACCACAGUAAAACUGCAAACUGGUAGUUUAUUGACAGUCUAUUGAGCUUACACUAAAUGUCUCUUUUUGUUGGAUAAACUUAUCAAAGUGAAAUCCUGUACAUACCCUAUCUCUCAUCCAAGAGACUGGAGAAAUAAUUUGCCUUUUCUAGAGAUGUAGCACAGUAUAGUGAUAGACCACAAUUUCAAGUCAGGAUGUAUUUGUUUUAUAAUCCCACUGUUAUCCGCUGUGAGUAAUGCUGAGUCACUGAGUGUGUCAUACUUCAUAUUUUUCUUUGUUACAGAAUAGUCACCGGAAACAACACCAACAACAAGUCAGAAAGUGACCAAGAGGAUAAUGAUGAUGUCAAUGAUAACGACUGGUCCUAUGGGGCGGAAAAGAAAGGUGAUGAACUGCUCACACUUUUAAAUCACACUUUAAGAGGCAUUAAGCAUCAAUUGCCAAUACCAUAUAGAAACAAGAUAUCUAAAUGACAUAAAGCCGAAAAUGUUUUCAAUUCUUAAUCUUGAUCUUUUAUUUUACAGCCAAGAAAAGGAAAUCUGAUAAGGUACUUUAUAUUUUCUAGUAAUACCCUGAUGAUUAUAACAUUACCUUUAAUCUGUAGCUUUAUACUGAUCAAUAUCUCCAAUUAGUAAUGGUAAAAAGCCGUUAUUAAGAUAUGCUCACAAAAAACAUCCCUUGUUUUUGUCUUAGAAUCCAAACUCACCAAGAAGAUCCAAAUCGUUCAAACAUAAGAACAGUAAGUGAAAAAAACAUUUUCAUAACAGCUCAUCCAGGAUUUCUACUUUGUCUGUGGUUUAAUAAAAAAUAAAAACACACACACACACACACCUAUAAAGCUGGUUUUAGCUUAACACUUGUAAUCCCACACGUUGAUUCAUUAAUAAUCAUAAAUCAAAGCACAGAGCACUUCAGCAUUUAGUUUUAUAUUCAGAAAACAUAUUUUUAAGUAAAGUUAAAUAAAUCAAUCAAUUGGCAAAUGAUUUGCUGCUGCUUGUUUAUACAAGGAUUUGCUGAUAAAUACAGCAGACAAAGAAACUUCCAGCAUAGACAUUGCUGUUAUUAAUAUGUGUUGUAACUACUCCUUUAUUGACUUUCCUGCUGGUUAUGAUUAAAGCUGAAACAAACAAUGACGUCUCUGUUUUCCCAGGAAAGGCAGGCAAAAUCAACAGCAAGAAACAAGAAUUUUUAUUUAUUUAUAAUCAUUUUUGGUACCUGUAACUACCUAUAACUGCUGCCAUGGGGUAGAUGUCAGAGAUAGUGGAUUACAGUCAUCAGUAAAGACAGCUCCCAUGAUGCCAUGCUAUUUUGAGAUGUUAGACCCCUCCUAAGUUAUUGCCUCAUUGAUGUACCCCACAUGACAAAAAUUAUACACGUCAACUAAAAGGGGAAUCACUUUUUUGGUUGUUUAUCUUUAGAUUUUUUAAAUAUUUAAAUACAUCUUUUGCUCAGAGCAGAGCUUUUAUUUCAUUAUUUGAACACUAACAUGAAGAGGAUUUCAUACCUGUUAGUGUUGUUUAGAGUAUCUGUCUCCUCUAUCACUCCUUAGUUUUGCCAGAUGAAUAAUAAAAUGUUGUGAAAACUUAAAUCACAGCAAAUGUUCGUUGACAUCCAGCCUCUUGCAUUCCCACAGGCAUGAUGGGUCCUAGACGUCGCAUGGACAACCAGGAGAGCCCUCGCAUGCUGAUGAAAGAUGAGGCAUUCCCUCAAUAACGCACUCAGCCACAAAACACACAUUCUUGUUCCAUUUGUGGCCGCGUGCACACACAUACACAAAGACACAAACACAAGAAAGUACCAAUAACACUUCUCUCAUGGUUCUUUAUGUUGUGAAAUCAAUGGACGUCAAUGUUAACGGUGACAUUUUUGGCGUUUGCUGCUCUGCAUAAGCAGUCUAGACCUCCCACUGUAUACUUGACAGAUUUUUUUCCAGAGAAUCAUUGUAACAACACUUUAUAGUUUAUUUUUUUUUAGGAUUUUUUUUGCUGGAGUCCAAUGAUUAAUGAGUAUCACCAUUUAUAAAGACACUGCACAGAGGUAGAUUCAGGUGUAAUUCAUUCAGUGGCCAAGCAGAGGCAGCUGUGUGAAGAGUGAAAGUGUGCACAUACACAAUAUUAUUUCUUUAAAUACUGAAAUGAUAAGCCAGUAGGUGUACUUAUAAUUCCUCACCUUUGAAAAAAUAACGUCAAAGACAAUCAUUGCCAAUGGUUUGUCUUUUAUUUUCACAUUUACCAUCAGGCUUACACUUCCACAAAGUCGAAGAGAGUCAGCUCUUUGUCAUUCACCUGUGGAAACUUGAUAAGAAAAACGUUCAGCAAAUGAACGCCUGACUGUACGUGCAGAUAUUUUCUGCAGAAAGCAGGUUUGUUUCAUUUCAUUUCUUUUUUUUUGGUGAAUAGAUCAGCUUGUUUUCUAGCAUUCAAAUAUGUCUUUGUAUCAUGUGUUUACAUUGUAAAGGGUUACAUAUAUCCUUGGUGUGAAGUGAUAGUGUAAAUAUUCCAAUAGUUGAAUUGCUGCUAUCAUGGCUCAGUUUGUUUCAUCUGUCUAGCAUAAUAAAUGAUUUGUUACCUGUCAUUACGUUUUGUCCUGACUUUUAACAGGUACUGGAAAUUUAAAGAUGGGAGAAUGAGAAACACCUCAGCAACCACACUCAAGCUUGUUUAACAGGGAAGACCAAGUGGCCAACAGGGGAGGCUGUUUGUCAAAUAAAAAAAAAUUAAGAUGA